AUGAGGUCAUUUGAUGAUUUUGAAGAGUCACAGAAGAUUGUUUACGAGUUGAAACCUCGGGCAUCGGAGGCAGACAAAGUGAAGGAACAGAAUGAAGACAAAUAUUAUCCGUAUGACAAAUCAUCGUUAUAUUAUCAGGAAGGCAUACCUACAAAUGAGACGGACAUUCCAUUUAUUCGCCUUUUAAAAGGGAAGGAACCAAUCUGCAAUAUGAAAAGACGUUACGAGCUCUAUCAAAAGAACUGGUCAAGACAAUUAAGCAUUAUUAAUGGCAUUUUGAUGAACAGUGACAGGGAAAAGUUACAGCAGGUUAAACAGUUUGUGGAGGAUAAUAUUCAUAGAACAAACAAUUGUAAUGUUGCGAAGACUUUUUUAGGUGAUUCCACUAUGGGUGAUGAGAAGAAUUGGAAAGUGCCAUGUGCAUUUUUGAAUUUGGGUUCAAAUAUAUCAAACCAUGCCAGAUUAUUAGAUCAAGUUUACGAGUAUUUGUCACAGGACAAAAAAAAUGUUGUGGUAAGAAUCAAUACCGCUUUAUGUACCUCGAUUCGGAAGUGCAUGAAGAUGAUUUCAUAUAGGAUUGUGGUUCAAUUACACUAUCAGGAUAUGCAGGAUGGAUUCGAAAGUGAAGAUGAUACAGCUUUGAAUUCUGAUGGGGAGGGAAAUGCAUUUCUCAAUAAAAUCCAUCAUCUUAAUUUUAGGUCGAAAGCUUAUAGGAAUUUGCCAGAUGUUGAGGAGCUUGUUCAAAGACUUGCAGAUGAAGGAAAAUGCCUUAUUGUGUUAAUAGAAGAUGCAGACUCAUUACCUACCGACACUAUGACCAGACUUUUAAGUAUUUUGUGGUAUUCCAGUUCCUCAACUAGAAAUGUCAGUACACUUAUAGGAAUAUCAACUCCUUUGUCAAUUUUCCAAGAAAAGAUUUCCAGAUUAGUUCUCAACAUACUAAAUUCACAGAGUUUCAAUAUUGAUAAUUCAAAUGAGGCAAUUGAAAACAUCAUGGAGAAUCUUCUCCUUAAUAUUAAUGACACAUAUAACUCCUUAAUUUUUGAACCGAGACUAGUUCUUCACUUUUUGAAAAUGAAAUCAAGUAUGGGAAUUUCGCAAUUUUAUGAUACGAUGAAAUUGAUAUACAUGAACCAUUACUUUAGUCAGCCAUUGAGCAUUCUUUGGACGGACGAUUUUUCAUCCAUCAAGCUUACAAAGGAGUAUUUUGAUAUCUUCAAGAGGCUCCCUUCAUUAAGAAAUCUAUCGAAUGGAGAUUUGGAACGAAACAAUUCAAUUACAAGAAAGAUAGUGGACGAAACACAAAUUUCUCUUUACAAGAGCAUUUUGGAAGAUGAUGACUCCGGCGUUGGAUCAUUCUUAAGACUUAACUUGAACAGGUUGAUCAAUUGGAGGUUCAACCUGAAAAAUUUGAUUGAUUUCUUGAACUUUAUGCAGGCCUAUUUUUACGAUCUUAAACUUUGGAAGAACAACUUAGCGCUUUUUCAACUUAUAUUUGAAAACUAUGAUUAUGAAAAUCCAUACAACAACAUGUCAAACUUCGAUUUUUUAAAGCCAAUAUAUUUAAAUAUGAAAAAUAUAGAAUUGAAAAUAUUCAACAAGUUCUUAGACAUGGUUCAUGACGAUGAACAGUUCCAAUUCUUGUUUAGGAAAAAAAAUAUGGAAGACAAUGAUACCAUGACACAUGAAGAGAUUAAGGAAGGGCAUGGAAAGGUGAAUACAAAUAAUGCAGAUGAGUUUUUUGAGAAUUUGCAUCAUCUCAAAGAUCAUAAGGAUGUUCAAAAAUUUACAAAGUAUCUUAACGAAAAGCUUAUUGAACAUUUAGAUGAACUUAACAUGGAUCACCAACCGUUCAAGGAGAUAUGCUGUAUAGGAAUGAAUGUUACGGAUGUUCUGAAAAAUGCAUUCAAUCCAUCAAUUAGAGAUGUAGAAUUCAAUGCUCUUUUAAAUUCAAGGGAGUAUCUUCUGAAUUCGGCCCAUACAGAUAUAGACAAAAUAGAUAACAGCGAUCCUGAAAUGAAAUUAUACAAAUUGUUUGAACCAUCUAUGAUUGAGCUUUACAGAGUAUAUAGGGAGGCUGGGGUGGUGAUCAACGUAUACGAUUUUUAUCAGGUGUUUACAAACUCUAUUACAGACAGGGAAAGAAUAUGCGAAUUGCUGAUAGAGGUAGUGAAUAGAUCUAAGAUGGCAGAUAAGGAGGAUAGAAAUACAAUUCGGAAGCUAGAAGAAAUGAUUAAAAAGUGGAAAACCGAAGGAAAAGAUGCGGAAUGUGAAGAGUGGAACAAAUUGACACUAUGCUGGUUUUUGGAGCAGUUUGCUGAGCUCGAGAUCAAAGGUAUGCUAAAGGAAGGCAGAGGAACUUCAGGAGCACUUGAAAAACUCAUUUGGAAGGAUAUAUAA